AUGUCUAAACACGCCGGCACCAAGGACGCGGCAGCGCCGCAGUCUGCGACGAACCCGACCCCGCAGAAGGAGCUCUAUCCUAUGGUGAACUGGAAAUAUGACAUGUUUCUCUACACCGUCGGUAACAUUGUCGAUAUGUUCUUCCGAGAGGUCGUGCCUCGAGGUGCCUGGCGCGUCCCUCAGACUGGUCCCGUCCUGUUCGUCGCUGCGCCGCAUGCCAACCAGUUUGUCGAUGCCAUCAUCCUUCAGCGAACUCUGCGCAACGAGGCUAAACGACGAGCGUCUCUCCUUAUCGCCCAAAAGUCAGUUCACGGUUUUAUCGGUUGGGGUUCCCGGCAAGUCGGCUCAGUUCCCGUCGGUCGCGCCCAAGAUGCUGCCAAGCCAGCAACCGGAACCAUCUACCUACCCGAUCCUAUCAACGACCCAACCUUAGUUCGUGGUAUCGGCACCAAAUUUGGCCAGGGCGAAGGUGAAGUUCAGGGCAUGCUUUUUCUGCCGUCCAUCAAGGGCCAAAAUGGCGCCAGUGUCGAUAUUUCGCAGAUUAUCGGCCCUGAGGAGAUCCGUGUCAAGCGACCUUUUAAGGGCAAGCUAGCUUUGUCGCAACUCACAGGCCGUGACGACAUUGAUACCGAUGGAAACUUCACCAAUAAGGAUGUCAAAGGACCUGCCCCAGGCUACCAGGGCACCAAGUUCAAGAUGGCCCCUCAUAUCGACCAGACUAAGGUUUACGAGGCUGUCUUUUCCCGUUUGUGUAACGGUGGCUGUGUUGGUAUCUUCCCCGAGGGUGGUAGUCAUGAUCGCACCGAGCUGCUGCCUCUCAAGGCUGGUGUUGCAAUCAUGGCUCUGGGAACUUUGGCUCAAGAUCCUGAUUGUGGUCUCAAGAUCGUUCCUGUUGGCAUGAACUACUUCCAUGCUCAUAAGUUCCGCUCACGCGCUGUUGUUGAAUUCGGUGCUCCUUUCGAGAUUCCCCGCCAUCUCGUCGAGCUUUACUGCAAUAACCAACGUCGUGAAGCCAUUGGUCAAGUCCUAGACACGGUAUACCAGGCUCUCAACUCGGUCACUGUUUCCGCCCCCGACUACGACACGCUCAUGGUGAUUCAAGCUGCUCGGCGACUUUAUAAUCCAACGGGCAAGAAGCUGCCACUACCAGUAGUUAUCGAGCUAAACCGUAGAUUGUGCAUGGGCUAUGAGAGAUACAAGAAUGAUGAGCGCAUCACGUCCUUGUCUGCUGCUGUCAAGGAGUACAACUCACAACUACGAUACCUGAACUUGAAAGAUCAUCAAGUACAAUACGCCAAGAUGAACAUGCUCAAGGUCAUAUUCCUCUUCAUCUAUCGAUCGAUCAAGCUCCUCUUCCUCUUCAUCUGCACAUUGCCAGGCUUGAUCCUCUUCGCACCUGUCUUCGUCGCAACCAAAAUCAUCAGUCGGCAAAAGGCCAAGACAGCUCUGGCCGGCUCAACUGUCAAGAUCCGUGGUCGCGAUGUUAUGGCGACAUGGAAAAUUCUUGUAGCAAUCGGUCUUGCGCCCACACUGUACCACAUCUAUUCGGGAAUCGUUACGUUCAAGGUUUGGCAGGAUCGUCUGUGGGGAUACGUCCCCGAGGGCGUGCCACUGUGGUUGAUCUACUUCGCUAUGUGGCCAUUUAUGGUUGGCAUCACGUUUGCGUCUCUGCGCUUUGGUGAGGUAGGCAUCGAUAUAUUCAAGUCUCUGCGACCACUCCUGCUCUGCUUGACGCCAACCUCAAACUACAACAUCCACAAACUGCGACUAAGGCGAGCGGAGCUGAGCGCUCAGGUGACGGAUGUGAUCAACACUCUUGGGCCUGAGAUGUUUGACGAUUUUGAGAAGGCUCGGCUUGUUCCCGAUCUUUACAAGGUUGAGGGUGGUGCCGCGACAUCUCCCAAGGCGUACCGACGACGAGACAGCGACCAGUCAAGCACUGGUUACGAGCCUGAGACACCACCAGCUCUGUCACGACGAAGCACAACACAAUCCAGCCGUGCGCUUCCGCGCAACGACUCAUUCAGCAACAUUGGUCAUGUUGGCAUCUUCUCUACACGGCCACCAUCCAGAGCCCGCAGCAGGUCGCGAUCAAGCAGCAGCGGAGGUGGGUUUGGAUCUGGUGGAUUUCCUAUCAGUGGAUUCACUACACUCGACUCGAGUGGUGGCUUUGAUGAAGCGAGUCGCAAGAUUCGAGAAGCGAUGAAGCAUCGCCGACACAAGACAGAUCAGGAGAAAACAGAUGGAGACGAUGAAGAAGACGAUAGUGAAGAGGAGGGUUACGACGAAGCUAGAAAGAAGAACGCAUAA